CUUCCUCCUCCGUGGCCUUUUCUUCCCCCCCUUUCCUUUCCUUUCCUUCCCCCUCUCCUGCUGACCACGUUAGCUAUCAACGGGUCGCAAUGCCGGAACAAAGACAGCGCAGGGAGGAGCCGGAGCAAAGCUCCGGCCUCAAGGGAGCCAUUCAGGCUCUGGGAUUCUUCUUGCUGGCGCAGUUUAUCAUCAGCCAGUUCUUCGGAGGAAAGGAAGCUUCGGGUUCAGGAGCGAAGCCUAGUGAUGUGCCUUCUUUCGCCGCGCGUCCUGCUCGCAGCGAAGUGUCCGAUUACAGUCGUAUCCCCGAUCUCGUUUCUCCAAUUUGGCCCGCCGACAGCGGUUUGGAUCUGAGUAUCUAUGUCUCGCCUUCGGUCGUGGUCCCUAGCUUCAAGUCCUUUUCAUCGGAUAAUCUUGUUCUGGAGGAGAAGAACUUCACUGUUGGAAACUACAGCGACACCAGGGAAGUUGACACUACCAUUAAGAUCCCCAAGGAAGUUCAGCGCAAUGGAACUCUCUGGGCGCAUUUCUUUAUCGGACUCACUGGACAUCAACUGGACCCUACCGCCAAGGACUACAGCACGGAUAGUGCCGUUCAUUUCUUCCGCCCUUUGAACCAGUAUCUUCCUAAGAAGAAGGUGAAGAAGUUGAAAAACCUUCUCGCCUCGGCCGAAGAAGCUGCGGAAGAAGAGGAUGAUGGCACACCAGAUGUUUCAAUUGCAUCUUUCUACCACCCCAACUUCACUGUGUCUGUGAUUCCUGAUUCCGGUCCUCAGAAGUUCCGCCAGGUUCACCCCGCCGUUCGACAGCAUAUGCAGCUCGAAGCAACUGGCGCGAGAGAUGCUUCAGGGCAGAACGGCUGGUACUAUCCGAUUGUGUUCCUCAACACCUUCUGGCAACUCAAGACUCAUAUGAUGGAGCUCAACUCGACCGUUGACACUGUUCCUCUGCGUAUCACUCUCAACAACUUGCAGAACUGGAAGUUCAGCAUGAUGGCAAGUGUGGAUGAAAAUGCAAAGCAAACCGCUAAGCAAGCUGCUUUCGGUGGUCAGGCACCCGGUGGUGGCGACGGUAGUGAGUUCGAAAUGAUCAAGGAGGUGCUCCUCGACACCAACAUUUACUUGCUGGCAACAACCGGUGUGGUUACUAUCCUGCACAUGGUCUUUGAGACCCUUGCUUUCAAAAACGAUAUUUCUCACUGGCGCAAGAAGAAGGACGUUGUUGGUACCUCCGUUCGUACCAUCCUGGCGAACGUUUUUAUGCAGGCCGUCAUCUUCCUCUACUUGAUGGACAAUAGCGAAAACACCUCGUGGAUGAUUCUUGCCAGUCAGGGCUUCGGUAUCCUCCUGGAAGCAUGGAAGAUUACGAAGACUGUAGACGUGCGCCUGCGUCCACCGCCGGCUGGGUCCUUCUUCUCCUUCCUGCCCUAUGUGAUUGUCUUUGAGGACAAGCACAAGCUCAGCGAGACGGAGCAGAAGACCAAGGAGUAUGAUGAGAUCGCCUUCCGUUGGUUGUAUAUCAUUGCCGUGCCGCUCUUGGCUGCGUACGCUACAUACAGCUUGAUCUACAACACGCACAAGUCGUGGUACUCCUAUGUCAUUGAGACCCUGGUCGGCAGCGUCUACGCCUACGGCUUUUUGAUGAUGGUCCCUAGUCUGUACAUCAACUACCGGCUGAAGUCCGUCGCUCACAUGCCCGGAAAGGCAUUGACGUACAAGUUCCUCAACACUUUUAUCGACGAUCUCUUCGCUUUCACCGUCAAGAUGCCUUGGCUCCACAGAUUGGCUACCUUCCGGGAUGACGUGAUCUUCUUCAUCUGGCUUUACCAGGGCUGGAAGUACAAGGUUGAUUACAAGCGUGUCAACGAGUUCGGCCAGGGAGGCGACAGCGAUGAGGAGGAAGAGGAGCCGACCCCGGCUGAGGCACCCAAGGCUAAGGAAUCGGCUAGUUCCUCUGGAAAGGAUGGCUCUAAGCAGACGACGAGGAAGAGGAAGUAAAUCAACCAAGCUCCAUCACGGGGCGAGCUCAGAGGCAUGUUUAUAUUCAGAUAUUGGAGACAUCAGUGGGCUCUAGCCUUUCUUUCUUCUCACCAUGUCAUUCAUAAACCAAUUGCACAAUGAGGGGUUGCAUACAACUGUAGAAUAAUUGGAGUCAUCGUUAUCCG